CACCCACAUUUUCACUGUUGCACAAGGUGUUUGUGGGUGUGUAUUUGAUUUUGUGCUUUUGCUUUGGAUGGUUUCUAAAAACAGGCCUGGAAAGAAGAGCCCUGCUAACCAGACAGGAGAAAGAAGAAGAACGAGGUGUUGACUGAACAGCACUGCAAUCUGUUUUGUAACCUUUGAACAAACAUCACAUGUUAGGCACAUACUUUUGUUUAGCUGCUGGAGUUUCAGUCAUUUCCUGAAGACUGCCUGCUUGGAAUGCUAAUACUUUGUUUUGGAACUGGAGAACUGCAGAGGUAGGGCACUAUAAAAGCUGGGUCUUUGGACUGUCUUUCGUGUGUGCAAAAGGACAGUGGACAGAUUCAACUUUGAAACAAGAAACUGUGAGUAAAUAUGGACAGAAAACUGUUGCCAGUAAUUGGACUGUUGCUUCUCUGCAGCCUUACUGACCAGACAAAUCCACAUAAGAUGCAUCAAAAGGCACUGACUGCUCAAGGUCAAGACUGUACAGCAAUCAAAGCUUCCACCCCUAAUGCUCAAAGUGGCGUUUACAUCAUACAGCCAAGAGGAGAUCACGAACCCUUCAAGGUGUACUGUGAGAUGCUGGCAGAUGGGGGCUGGACAGUAUUCCAGAGGCGUACUGGGGGGGAAGUGUCCUUCGACAAAAAGUGGGAAGAGUACAAACAUGGCUUUGGAAACAUCGAAAAGGACCACUGGCUGGGCCUGGCCAACGUGUGGGCUCUCACCAGGAGCAGUGGUCAGACGUCUGUCCUCAGAGUAGACCUGUGGGACUUUGAAGGGGGAUCUGCCUCUGCAGAGUACAGCCAUUUUAGAAUUGAUGAUGAGCAAACGGCCUACAAUCUGAGUGUUGGAACUUACAAUGGCACUGCAGGCGAUGCUAUACGCGGAAAAUACAGUGGUAUUGACCAGAAUGGCUUUGGAUUCAGCACAGUGGACCGAGACAAUGAUGGCUGCUCCCCGUGCAGAUUUGGGGACAUCCUUACAAACGACUGCGCGUCAUCAAAGGGGGGCGGCUGGUGGUUCAGCGGCUGUGGCUCGGCCAGCCUCCACGGGGCCUGGCACCCAGCGGGCAACAACAUAGGCUGGGGGUCUGGAGUGCACUGGGACACGUGGAAAGGCCCGGCCCCAUACUCCCUAAGAGCCACCCGAAUGAUGGUGAAGUCUAUGUGAGGGCACCUCAUCCAGUGGCCUCACUAUGGAAGCUCUGUGGCAAAGCUGAGGGUUUUGUCCUUUAACAAGAGAGGCUUUUGGUCCAUUAAGGAUUGCUGUGCAUGCUUCAAUAGUUUCAUUUAGGAUAUUCAGAACAUAAGAUACCAUUCAAAGCUCAGAGGUGGCUGUGAAACACUGCUAAUUUCAAUGUCAGUAUUUAAAAGGGAACUAUGGAAUGUAUUGUCAUUAUGUUUACUGAAUGCUUUUACUGAAUGCUUUACUGCAUGAAUUAAACUUUACAGCCAAA